AUGCUUUUGGAAGACAUUCGCAGCGACACGGUUGACUUUGCACCCAACUUCGACGCAUCAACCAACGAGCCAACAGUGCUUCCUGCUCGCAUCCCUGUGCUACUUCUCAACGGCUCUCAAGGCAUUGCGGUAGGCAUGGCUACCAACAUCCCCCCCCACAAUCUGACCGAGCUCGUGGAUGCCCUCUCAGCGUUCAUUGACAACCCUGCCAUCAGCACAGAGCAGCUCAUGCAGAUCUGUAAAGGCCCAGACUUCCCUACUGGAGGGGUCAUCCUCGGCACAUCGGGCAUGGAGGAGGCAUAUCGCACGGGAAGAGGAUCCAUAGUGGUGCGGGGGAGGGCGUAUGUGGAGGAGCUGGGCGGAGGGGGAGCAGGGAGCAGAGGCAACCGGAUUGGCAUUGUGAUCACAGAGCUCCCAUAUCAAACCAAUAAGGCCGCACUGGUGGAAAAGAUGGCUGAACUGGUUAACAGAAAAGUGGUGGAGGGCGUGAGUGACAUUCGUGAUGAGAGCGACCGGGGGGGCAUGCGCGUGGUCGUGGAGGUGAAACGCGGCGCCACCCCCAUGGCUGUGCUGGCAUCGCUGUACAAACACACUCAGCUGCAGUCGCGCUUCAACUGCAACCUGGUGGGCCUGGUCAAUGGCGAGCCCAAGGAAAUGACUCUCAGGGACUUUUUCCAGGGUCUGCUCAUCGGUCUCAGAAGCCUGGAUCGGAUGGUGGACAUUCUCAAGGCGGCUGCCACUCCUGCUGAUGCUGCUGCCACCCUCCAGCAAGGUGCUUUCGUUCGAACCCAUCCCAUCCACUCCCCCAACCCUUUCUCCCGAGCCCUCCUUCCCCUGUCCUUCCCCAUUCUGUGGAGGAAGACAACUGCAGUGCAGUAUGGUGUUUCUCUGACGACUUUUAAGGUGCCUCAAAAGUCCUUCCCCUGUCCUUCCCCCAUUCUGUAA